AUGACUAUUCCAUUCAUUAAUUAUAGGAAGAAAAAAAAUUUAAGAGACAAUCGAAAUCCUCCAGAUUUAAGACAACGAUUAAUUGCCACAGUUCUCAAAACCAUCACUGAAACCUUACCAUUAUGGAUGACUAGAUAUUUAUUCUACCUGUAUAGCGUUUUUGAACAAAUCACAAAUGGAAUGUUUAUAGGAAAACAAAGAAAUCAAUGGUGUCGUCGACUAAAGGGUGGAAACGGAUGGAAUGGAUAUCUUAUCGCUGAAAAUGCUAACACUGUCGAUGUUGGUGAAAAUGCUGAUAUAGUUAUUUUAUAUGCACAUGGUGGUGCUUUUAAUAUUGGUGGACCUUUGAUAUCUUUGGUAACUUUUGUAAAGUGGAUUAAAGCAUGGAUGCUUAGUCGUGGGGCCAAUACACACAUAUUAUCGUUAGAAUAUGGUCUUUCACCAAAACAUACCUUCCCAACGGCACGUGACAAUUUGUUGAAUUGUUACCAAUGGUUAGUCGAAGAAAAAGGAAUUAAUCCGUCCAAGAUCGUUUUUGCUGGUGAUAGUGCUGGUGCAAACAUUUCCGUAAUAGCUGCCUUGGAACUUCUUAACAAUCCAAUAGCCUACACUGUUCCUCUACCAUCAAGUUUGCUUCUUAUUUCUCCUUGUUUCUCGGCUCUCACUACCUCACAAACAUUCAAAACAAAUUAUGAUUAUGACUUAAUAAGCAAGUAUUGGUUCGAUGCCUGCUUAGCAAACUACCUAGGUAACUCUAACCUACUCCCAGCAUGUCCUCUAAUAUCCCCGUUAAACAACCGUAAUCUACGUGGUCUACCUAAAAUGUGGAUAUGUGUUGGCUCUUACGAAGUAUUCCUGGAUGACGUAUCAUCAUUCGUUGAAAAAGCUAGAAGCCAAAAUAUUAGUGUUGAAUUUAUGGUUGAAGAAGAUAAUAUGCAUAAUUACGCUAUUACAUGGCCUAUAUCAAGAAAUGGUGGUGCGCAAAAAGCUGUUAAAAACAUGUCUCAAUUUUUGUUUGGUGAACAGUCUAUCGUCUAUCACUUGUAA